AUGGAUUAUUACAAUUCAUUCCUUGAUCAAUAUUUAACAUCAUGGUACCCUACAACAACCAUAAAUCCAACAUCAACAAUUUCAAUCUCAUCAAUAGAUCCAACAAACACAGCUGGUCUAGCAUUGACGUUUCUAAACUUACAACAUCAAAUCCAGACCGAAACUAACUCGAUCUCACUUUAUUACCUUUCUCGAAAUGCAAGGGGAGCAGCUGCAACAUAUACCAUACUUAGAAUUCAGCAAAUUUUACAGACUGCCGCUGCCACUGCUACUCAACAACUACCUCAAAUAACAGAAGAGCUAGUUAAUGCAACACUAAAUCUCAAGCAACUAGAAUGGGAUUCAAAUCUAUAUGCUAUGAAUUUAUCAGUGCCUUUCAAUUUACUAUUCGGUAUUUUAUUCAUUUUGAUAAUGUUUUAUCAGAUUGGUAUUUGUGCUUGGUUUAAGGAUUUUUAUUUCAGUAUAUGUAUGGUUUGUGGUUGUUUAUUAGAGUUUAUUGGAUAUAUAGCUAGAACAGUGGCUCAUUAUUCAUAUUCUGAUCCUAACUUAUAUCUUUGUCAAAUUAUAUGUUUGACUAUUGCACCUGCAUUCAUCAUGAUGUCAAUAUAUUAUCUAUUAGCUAAACUUGUGGUCAUUCAUGGUUUGCAAUAUUCAAUAUUGAGUCCAAUUCAAUUAAGUUAUAUUUUUAUUAUAUUUGAUGUUUUAAGUCUUGUUAUUCAAGCUAUUGGAGGAGCAAUAGCGGCUAUAAAUUUAAGAAUGUUGAGAAAUUCAAAUGUUGGAAGUUAUAUAAUGUUGAGUGGGAUUGCAUUCCAAGCAUUUUCAAUGACGGUGUAUAUUCUAUUCUUGAUGGAUUUUUUAAUACGUGUGUUUAAAAUACCAAACAAAUCCUUCCAAUUGUUUAGAUUUAUACGGUUUUUAUUUGGUUCUAAUGAGAUGAGACAAGAGUUUGAAAUAAGUUAUAAUUCAAAAUUUAGACCUAUUCGAGAGAAACAGAUUUUCAAUUAUAUGCCACUAUUCAUUAUGAUAUCGGUGUUGUUUGUUUAUGUAAGGUGUAUUUACCGAGUAAUCGAGUUGAGUCAAGGAUGGCGUGGGUUUUUGAUUACUCAUGAGGAGUAUGUUUUAACAUUAGAUGCAUUGAUGGUACUAUUGUGUGUUUUGAUUUAUGUUCUUUUCCAUCCUGGUUUAAUUUUCAACAAGAUGAAUAUCCCAUUAAAGAAGAAGAAAUUGAAAGAUAUUGAAAUGAAAAAUGAAGUUAGACUGACUCCUAUUUCACAACCUUAUUAUAGUUCAAGAUUACGCUUACCGGAGAAAUCAACCGUUAGUUCUACAAUCAGUUCAUUUGAUAAAUCGACUAUAAUUAAUUCGAGGUUUGAUUCACCAAGUUUCUAA